AUGUCCCCGUUCGACUUGAGCCCGGGUCCUGAGGGCUCCGGAUCAGGCGGUGGACCAUCAGGUGCUUCACAACAAUAUGUGCCGCAAGGUGCGGCUUAUCAGUGCGCCCCGGACCAACAGCCUUUCGGUUAUGCAAAUUUGGACACUUCGUAUCUAUUCCCCACAGGAACCGGUGAACCAGGCGCAUACUUGCCUGCAGCCGGCACUGUAUGCGACCAAACCGACACCAAGGAUGUUAUAGAGGAGUUGUGCCCUGUUUGCGGAGAUAAAGUCAGUGGUUAUCACUAUGGUCUGCUUACUUGCGAGUCCUGCAAAGGAUUCUUCAAGCGGACCGUUCAGAACAAGAAAGUGUACACGUGCGUCGCCGAGCGCGCCUGUCACAUUGACAAAACACAGAGGAAGCGGUGUCCAUUCUGCCGCUUUCAAAAAUGUCUAGACGUCGGCAUGAAACUUGAAGCCGUGCGUGCCGACCGUAUGCGCGGUGGUCGCAAUAAGUUCGGUCCGAUGUACAAGCGCGACCGCGCCCGCAAGCUUCAGAUGAUGCGGCAGCGUCAGAUCGCCGUGCAGACGUUGCGCGGAUCGCUGGGCGACGGCGGACUCGUGCUGGGGUUCGGGUCGCCCUACGCGUCGGUGCCGGUGAAACAGGAGAUCCAGAUCCCGCAGGUGUCGUCGCUGACGUCGUCGCCGGAGUCGUCGCCAGGGCCGGCGCUGCUGGCGCCGCCGCAGCCGCCGCAGCCGCCGCCGCCGCCCGCGCAUGACAAGUGGGAGGCGCACUCGCCACACUCCGCCUCGCCCGACGCCUUCGCCUUCGACGCGCCCGCCACCGCCGCCGCCACGCCCUCCAGCACCGAGCCCACCACCACCGAGACCCUCCGCGUCUCCCCCAUGAUCCGCGAGUUCGUUCAGACAAUCGACGACCGCGAGUGGCAGAACUCACUCUUUGGACUCUUGCAGAGCCAAACCUACAACCAGUGCGAAGUCGAUCUCUUCGAAUUAAUGUGCAAAGUGCUGGACCAAAACCUAUUCUCACAGGUCGACUGGGCGAGGAACACCGUGUUCUUUAAGUAUUUAAAGGUCGAUGACCAGAUGAAGCUACUGCAACACUCAUGGUCCGACAUGUUGGUCUUAGAUCACCUCCACCAGAGGAUGCACAAUGGGUUACCGGAUGAGACUACCCUACACAACGGGCAAAAAUUCGACCUUCUUUGCUUGGGUCUUCUUGGUGUACCGUCUCUGGCUGAUCACUUCAAUGACCUCCAGAACAAAUUGGCUGAGCUGAAAUUCGACGUGCCGGAUUACAUAUGCGUCAAAUUUUUGCUCCUUCUCAAUCCUGAGGUGAGAGGCAUCGUGAACGUGAAGUGUGUGCGAGAUGGAUAUCAAACUGUGCAAGCCGCGCUCCUCGAUUACACGCUCACGUGCUAUCCAACGAUACAGGAUAAAUUCGGGAAAUUGGUGAUGGUUGUCCCAGAAAUACACGCACUAGCAGCCAGAGGGGAGGAACAUUUAUAUCAGCGACAUUGCGCCGGGCAGGCCCCUACACAGACUCUCCUCAUGGAAAUGCUACAUGCAAAGCGCAAGCCAAACGGAGGCGAAAUGGUUAACCGGAAUGCUGAGCACACUUCGACUCUAGACAGAUUAUCUUGA